AUGUCAUACACGACACGACCUGAUGGGAAGCGGAGGAAGAUUCGAAAAGGAUGUCGGCACAAGAAGUCGGCCUGUGUCAGUCAAGAAUUUCCCGAGAAUGGUUCAGGAUUGCAAGAGGUCCGACAAGUGAGCAACGAUGGAGCACCACUCUCCAGCUGUAGCGACAUGAAAUCGGAUGCUGGUCUCCCGACACCUGCGUCUCACGACUUCGCCACUUCAUUGACCGCGAGCAGCAACAAUAAAGUGCGUUCUCUCAUACCACAAGACCUCGCUAUCUGA